AUGUGUAGGAUGACUCAGAAACGUUACCUGGAGGGACAGGUGUACUCUGUACCGCUCAUCCAGCCGGAUCUGAGGAGAGAAGAGGCUGUGCAUCAGAUCACUGAUGCGUUACAGUACCUGGAAACGAUAUCAACAGACAUCUUCAAUAGGGUGUCUCAGAGCGUGGAGAAGAACCGUGCACACCUUCAGUCUGUCACAGACCGGAUCAAACUGGCUCAGGCCAGAGUCCAGAAGAUCAAAGGAAGCAAGAAAGCCACAAAGGUGUUCUCCAGUGCCAAAUACCCUGCUCCAGAAAAACUGCAGGAAUAUUCGUCCAUCUUUACAGGUGCAGUAGAUCCCGCCUCCCAAAAGCGGCCUCGCUUUAAAGUUCAGAGCAAACUCCGCCCACUGGAUGACAAGGCCCUCCAGGAGAAGUUGAUGUAUUUGCCAGUAUGUGUAAACACUAAGAAGCGCUCUGAGCAUGAGACAGAGGAGGGUUUGGGAAGUCUGCCGAGAAAUGUCAACUCAGUCAGCUCCUUAUUGCUGUUCAACACUACAGAGAACCUCUAUAAGAAAUAUGUGUUUCUUGACCCUCUGGCGGGCGCCGUGACUAAAACACACACCACGUUAGAGACCGAAAAGGAAGAUAAACCGUUUGAUGCACCGCUGUCGAUCACCAAGAGAGAGCAGCUAGAGAGACAGACUGCAGAGAAUUAUUUCUAUGUGCCAGACCUGGGGCAAGUGCCUGAGAUCGAUGUGCCGUCUUACCUGCCUGACUUACCUGGCAUCGCUGAUGACCUCAUGUACAGCGCUGACCUUCAAGUCAAGCCCCUCCCACAGGUAAAAGAUUCAUUUUUCAGAUUUAUUGACUUGGUGAGUCUUUUUAGCGCAGUAUGUCAUUGCAGAGUUAGCAUAGGGAACUGUAUAGUGAAAAGAGCCCCUACUGAGGUGUUACAGCCGUCGGACGGCCGAGCCAGUCUGCUGGAGUCAAUCCGAAAUGCCGGCGGUAUCGGCAAAGCAAACCUCCGCAAUGUAAAAGGGCGCAAGAUGGAGAAGAAAAAACAGAAGGAGCAAGAGCAAGUUGGGGCAGCGGUGAGCGGUGGAGACCUGAUGUCUGACCUCUUCAAUAAAUUGGCCAUGCGCAGGAAAGGUAUCUCUGGUAAGGGCCCGGCGGCUGGAGACUCAUCCGAAGCACCUGCCAGCUCCGGCGGCGCGUUCGCCAGGAUGUCAGAUGUGAUCCCGCCCCUUCCAGCGCCACAGCAACCCACCGCAGACGAUGAAGAUGACUGGGAGGCGUAACCAUGGCAACCCAGAUUUGAGUGCGAAACUCAAAAGAUUGGAGAGUUGAAAUCCUCAUAGACAGGGUCUGGAGAUAUUGUCUCUCCAAGGAGAGCUGUGGAGUGAGUGUCGAGUGAGACGUUUGGUCUCUUGUUUUGUAACCUGAAGGUCAGUGAAUUAACACAAGUGUAAGACGAUGUGUUCUGUAUGUCAUGAAAACCCUUAUAGUCUGAAAGAUUAUAUUAUUAAAGUCAACAUGAUCCCAAAUUCACUAUUUGCAUUCUUCAUGCACAUUUUUGGUCAUCUGUGCUUGAUUCAUCAGUGCAAAUUAUUUCAAAAUUUUGAAAAUGUAAACUU